UUCACCGCUUAUCAAACGCCACAUCCCAAAAGCAAAACGCCGCUGCAAAAUCCACAGCCAUAACAGAAUUUUUUCAGCAAGCGCCUGGUUGUUGUCCAGGCAUUUCGCCCCAUUACCCUUGCUUCUUUAAAUUGAUGAAUGAAUGGACCAUCGCAGGCUCUGUUCAAUUCAAAGCCCCUAAUCGCCAUUCUCCACCGCUGCGAGUCACUACUCCGCCGCUAUGCUGCCGCACGAUCUCUCAGCAAAACCAAGAUUCUCCAUGCCCACGCAAUCACUUCUGGGAUUCUCCACUCCUCCAACUUCAUCGAUCUUCAAUCAAAACUCGCUGUGUCGUAUGCGUUUUGUGGGUAUGUCCCACUUGCACGCAAGCUGUUCGACGAAUUGUCUGACCGAAGUUUGUUUUUAUGGAACGCCAUAAUUAAGAUGUAUGUGGACCGUGGCUUGCAUUUUGAUGCACUUAGAAUGUUCUAUUCAAUGAUUAACUCGGGGAAGUGCUGGCCGGAUAAGUAUACGUUCCCAUUGGUUAUCAAAGCUUGCAGUGAGAUGAGAAUGCUUGAUGUUGGAGUUUUGAUUCAUGGACGUGCUUUAGUAUCUGGGUUUUCCUCAAACAUGUUUGUGCAGAAUUCUUUGCUAGCAAUGUACAUGAACUGCAGGAAAUUGGAGCUAGCGAGAUGGGUUUUCGAUGUAAUGCCGGAGCGGAGUGUGGUUUCGUGGAACACAAUGAUCAGUGGAUGGUUUCAAAAUGGGCAGCCAGAGGAAGCGCUGGUGGUUUUUAACCGCAUGAUGGAUGCAAGAGUGGAACCUGAUUCUGCCACAAUGGUGUCUGUAUUGCCAUCUUGUGGUUACUUGAAGGAAUUGGAAUUGGGAAGAAAGGUUCAUAAACUAGUGGAAAACAAUCAUUUACACGAGAGGAUUGAAGUGAGGAAUGCACUUAUUGAUAUGUAUUCAAGGUGUGGUUGUAUGGAUGAGGCAUCACUAGUUUUCUCAGAGACGAAAGAGAGGGAUGUUAUUACUUGGACUUCCAUGAUUAAUGGCUAUAUCAUCAAUGGCAAUCCGAAGAGUGCUUUGGCUCUUUGCCCGGCAAUGCAGCUGGAUGGAGUAGCACCAAACGCAGUGACUUUAGCUUCUCUUCUCUCUGCCUGCGCGAGCUUGUGUUGUUUGAAGCAAGGUAAGUCCUUACACGCUUGGGUAAUGAGGCAAAAACUUGAUUCUGAUGUACUUGUGGUUACUGCUUUAAUAGACAUGUAUGCAAAAUGUAAUGCUGUGAGCUAUAGCUUUCAAGUGUUUGCUAAGACAUCUAAGAAGAGAACUGUGCCUUGGAAUGCGCUUCUCUCAGGGCUCAUUCAUAAUGGGCUUGCAAGAGAAGCAGUGGAACUCUUCAAAACUAUGCUCAUGGAAGAAGUAGAAGCAAACCAUGCUACUUUCAAUAGUCUUAUCCCAGCUUAUGCCAUUCUAGCAGAUUUAAAGCAAGUGAUGAAUUUACAUUCUUAUUUGGUGAGAUCUGGUUUUAUAUCAAGAAUUGCUGUUGUCACUGGUUUGAUAGAUAUAUACUCAAAAUGUGGAUGUUUAGACUAUGCUCAUAAAAUUUUCGACGAUAUUCGGAACGAAGACAAAGACAUUAUUGUGUGGAGUGUUGUGAUAGCUGGGUAUGGAAUGCAUGGACAUGGUGAGAUUGCUGUCUCACUUUUCAACCAGAUGGUUCAAUCUGGGGUGAGUCCGAAUGAGAUAACUUUCACUUCUGUUUUACACGCUUGUAGCCAUAGAGGGCUGGUAGAUGAUGGUUUGGCGUUGUUCAAGUAUAUGAUUGAAAACCAUCCAUCGAGGCCUCGCCCCAAUCAUUACACUUGCAUUGUCGAUCUUCUUGGCCGUGCAGGUCGAUUAGAUGAAGCGUAUGAUAUCAUUAAAUCAAUGCCAUUCAAGCAUAACCAUUCGAUUUGGGGGGCUCUGCUUGGUGCGUGCUCGAUACACCAGAACGUCGAACUAGGAGAGGUGGCAGCUGAGAGGCUUUUUGAGCUUGAGUCAGAAAAUACAGGAAACUAUAUAUUACUUGCAAAUAUUUAUGCUGCAGUUGGAAGAUGGAAAGAUGCAGAGAAAGUGAGGCAUAUGAUGAGUAACAUAGGCCUAAGGAAGAUGCCUGCACAAAGUUCAGUUGGUGUGUAGGAAAAUUUGAUAUGGGAAGAAGUUUUUAGAGUAUAAUGUAUAAUAUGUUCAUUCAAAUUCUCAAUGAUCAUAUUGAAGAUCAUGCUGAAGGCGUGCAGGCAGGGUCUCCUUCCCCCGGUGGGGUGUGGACGAAGAAGCUUUCUCUAUCUUCAACCCGCAUUCGAAUUGCUCCGUCUUGACCCAAUCCACGUUGCCGGUCUAAAUCAUCUGUGUGACCCAACCCAACACAAUGUGACCUAUCCAUCCAUGUGUGUCACGUGUCAUGCAAGGAGUGUCACGAUUAUGAUCGUCCAAGGCAUGUUGUGUGUGCCCACAUGUGCAUGUCAUGCUAAACUCUUUCAUGUUAUUAUCAUUUUUUUUUUUAUAUAUAUAUAUAUUUUUUUU